CUGCGAUGAAGGUGACAUUGAAUGGGCGGUAGACUUUCUCUCCUUUUUGAUUUUGCUUUCUUGUUCUAACUCCACUCUAAUGAGAGUAUUGUUUCCUUACUGAAUGCAAUAGAGAAUAUGAGCGACAUCACUGGUUCUAUUCUCUCCUUUGCUGGCUGGGCCUUUCUCCCCCGCUUUAUCUCCUCGUUCCUCCAAUCUGUUUACUAUCGUAUUACCAUCCGUGCUGGUUCACCGCAUCCACAUCCUUCCUCUCCCUGCUAUGCCCGCCAUUAUCGCCGAAUAUACAUAUUUGUCGUGACGAGCUAUCUUCUCUACACCUUUUACGACGCAUACCACCGCAUCCGCGCGCAGGGAGAUUUUUACCAGAUCCUCGGUGUGCUACCUACCGCCGACGAUCGGACCAUCAAGUCCCGAUUCAGGCGACUAGCCGCGCUUCACCACCCUGAUAAACAAGGUGGCUUUGAGAGCACGAGCACCGGCGACCUUUUUGUCCAUCUUAAACUUGCGCAGGACACGCUGCUUGACCCCACCAGGCGAUUCGUCUAUGAUCGAUUUGGGAGGGAGGUCAUCGAAGGCAGAAAGACCUACACCAUUACGCAGCUCCUGUACGAAGGGCUCUAUGCGUUACUACCGCAGUACUUUGUUGGAUUAGUCACAUUAGCACUUUUGAAUACAUUUUGGUUUUCGCCAUGGGGAAGAUACUGGCGAUUCUAUACGCUGUUUGCCCUUUUUGUCCUCGAAGUGUCUCUCCUCACGCACCGUGAUGGAGUAUUCAUGCCUGCUACAUACCUCCCAGCCUGGCUCUCCAGUCUCUUCAGCCUGAAUGCAUUUUAUCUUCUUCCGUUCCAGAUUCUAAGCCUCGCGCGCACCGCGUCCGUCACACUGAACAUUUUCAUCUCCCAAAUCGCCCCACCACACGCCUCAUCAUCAAAUCAGCCAUCCGCGAGUCUCUCGCCCCAGGCGCAACAGAAGCUGGUGCAGCUGGCUCAACUCAGUCGUACUUGUGACAUGGAAGCCACUAAACUCCUCCAACUCCAAUACACACCCUUCAAGGGGCAGAAGGAAUCUGUUUCCAGGCUGCGGAAAGGUAUGAAGACCAGCCUAAUCAUGGGAACAGUGCAGGAAAGCCCAGGGGUUCAAGAGACAAUUCAUAAUGUGACAAAACCGCAGGGUGUAUAAGCACGGACUUUGUUGUCUGUAGAUGUCUGCCUUCAUUUUUACUGCUUGCUUGGUGCUAGAAUCCCCGCAUUCUGAGUUGUUUUAGACUUCUUCGUAUGUUCAGAAAAGAUUGGAACAGCCAUGGUACACCCUGAUGUAUUGCUAGAUUUCAUGCUUAUGCUUGAUUUAUAUUCACUGUAUGUAUUAUCUCAACAUGGAAAGGAAAAGUGUAGCCAGCCAA